AUGUCAGAGUACAGUCGGACAUAUGAAGGAUACAAACGCAGCAUGUCAGAGUACAGUCGGACAUAUGAAGGAUACAGACGCAGCAUGUCAGAGUACAGUCGGACACAUGAAGCUCCGUACAGGUUACUACAGACUGACCUGGAGCUGUGUUUAACUCUGUACAGGUUACUACAGACUGACCUGGAGCUGUGUUUAACUCUGUACAGGUUACUACAGACUGACCUGGAGCUGUGUUUAACUCUGUACAGGUUACUACAGACUGACCUGGAGCUGUGUUUAACUCUGUACAGGUUACUACAGACUGACCUGGAGCUGUGUUUAACUCUGUACAGGUUACUACAGACUGACCUGGAGCUGUGUUUAACUCUGUACAGGUUACUACAGACUGACCUGGAGCUGUGUUUAACUCCGUACAGGUUACUACAGACUGACCUGGAGCUGUGUUUAGCUCCGUACAGGUUACUACAGACUGACCUGGAGCUGUGUUUAACUCUGUACAGGUUACUACAGACUGACCUGGAGCUGUGUUUAACUCUGUACAGGUUACUACAGACUGACCUGGAGCUGUGUUUAACUCUGUACAGGUUACUACAGACUGACCUGGGAGGGCAGACCUGGCAGAGGGGCAGGUUUUGGAAAAUGUCUGAGAUGAGUUUUUUUAAACUGUGA